UGGAGAACCAGUUACAGGUGGCAUGGAUUCCUGCCCCAUAUGUGGAGAGACGUUCUCCACUGACCUGAUGCCCCUUCAUGCAAGUUCUUGUGGGGAAAGCUUUCCUCAGAUGGAUUACGUGACACAAAUUCCAGUAGAGCCAAGUACAUCACGGGGGGUUCCCAUAAGCAGCAGUAUUCCUGAAAGCAGCAGCUCUUCAAAUUUCAGCUUGUUGACAUUUUCUUCACCACAAAGCAGAUCAUCACAGCCAUCACCUGCUGGAAAUGAUGGUUGGAAAAGAGCUGAAGAUCCAGAGAGAGCCUCAGUGCUAUACAGGAGGUUUUUACUGGAGCAGAAAGAAGGUGAGCCAACCCUGAAAGUGAAACUGGAUUUGAGAGAGAGUGUUGAGGAACAGGAGGAGAGACUAAUCAGUUUUUACAAGGUCCAUAAAGUUGAUUGGGCCAGACCACUCCAUUGUAGAUUGGAAGGUGACGUAGCGACGGGUGAGGGUGUUAAGCGGCAUUUCUUUAGCCUAGUGAUACAAAAGCUGCAAACUGGAUUUUCACUGGAUUUUGGAAAUAGAACUGGGACACUAUUAUUUGAGGGUCAAGCUGACCAUCUCACUCCUUCAACCUCCAAGGUUCUUUUACAGAGUGACUUGUUCAAGAUGGCUGGCAGGAUGAUAGGUCACUCUUUUCUUCAUGGUGGUCCUCCCCUAACAGGUAUAAGUCCUGCAAUCCUGCAUGUUUUGCUGGGGGGCUCCCAAGAAACAGCACCCAUUGUGCUUGAAGAUGUGGCAGACAUCGACAUCCGAGAGACAAUAGAGCUGCUCACAACAACUGGAAAGGCCGAUGUCUGCACUCUCACAGAGGAUCAAAGAGAAUCUGUCGAUCACUUGGCUUUAUCUUGGGAUCUUCCUGUGCUGACAUCAACAAACCAGGGGUGGCUUUUACAAAGUCUGCUUCAAUAUGCGGUGCUUGGGCGAACCUCACAGCAAAUCCACCAGCUAAGAGAGGGCCUGCAGGAGUCAAUGUUGUGGCCACUGUUGGAGGCAAGACCAGAUGUUCUUGUUCUGGUUUUUCCUGGUCAGAAAAUGGCUGAAUGCAGUGCUCAGAUGGUCCUGCAAAACAUAAUUUGGCCUGAGGAUGAGGAGCAAAAUGAAGAUGGAUGCUCUGUUGCAGUCAAAUCUGUAGUUGCUGGGUAUCUACGCAAGUUUGUGGAGACAGUCACUGAACACAAACGGAAGCAACGGGUGAAGGUUUGGGUUGGCUGGGAGAGACCCAUGCAGGACAUGCAAGUGGAGGUGAAACCGGCAGACCAUCCAACUUCGUCCACCUGUUUCCACAUUCUACGUUUGCCAAGUCACUACACAAGUUACGAUCAAUUUAAAGACAGUUUGGAAUGCUGCAUUGCAAUUAAUGACUAAGGUUUUGGACUUAUAUGAAAUCUGAAAACAAGAGUUUGGCUACAUUCUGUUAUUAAGCCAUGUUACACACAAUUUCUACAGCAGUUUGUUUAAAAAAUAACAUUUUUGUUUAAUGGUUAUUUCAGAAUUUUUAAUGGUGACUGUUAUAAACCCUAAACAUCUUGUCCUUUCCAUGGUAUGGAUAACCCACUCAAAAACGUAAGAAUUUUGCAUUUUUAAAUUUAUACUGGCUAAAACCUCAGCCCAAGAAAAUGGAUGUUCAUUUGCCUAACGUCAAGUCCUGCGCAGCAUUUUGUUUUGUUCCAUUUUUUUGGUAAAUUUGUUCAUCAGCCUCAAAAUUUGGAAUUCUUAUGAUUUUCCUUCAAUGCAAUGUUAAGCAAGACCAUUCAUUAAUCUUUUGAGAGAAAACCUUACCGCAGAAAGUUUAGCAUUCAAGCUCUCAACAUUCCUCUCUGGUGCUGUCUUGGUAAUAUAGAGGGUGUUCAUAUCCCUCCUUAAGUUUUACUAUAAUUUUCAAAAAGCGAUCAGAUUCUCCUACAUAUCUGAUUAGAUCUGUUUCAUUUAAUCUUUUUUUUAUCUCCAGCUAAAAACAUCUGCUACACCGUUUUAAA